AUGCCGCUUAUGGGCUGCCCCCCCGGCCCGCCCCCGGAGCUGCGGCUGAUCCUGGAGGAGCUGCGGCAGCUGCAGCACCGGCAGCUCCUGCAGCUGCAGCUGACGCAGGAGAUCUGCCGCCAGCUCCUGCUGCUGGGCGCGCUCCCGCCCGAAACGGCCCGCCGGGGCGCCCGCCGCCCGCCCCGCCCACGCGCCUGCGCGCCCCUGCCCCACGUUCCCCCUUGGCAAACGCCGGUUGGCGUCCACAAAGGGUCACGGGGCCAACGUGGACUUCGGCGGUUUUUCCACGCUGGUGGGGUCCGCGGUGCGUCUGGGCGUCAACGUUGGGGUCUUCGGCGCCGUUGGGGUCAACAUUGGGUUCGUCGUCCACAAAGAGGUCAACGGGGUCAACGUUGGACUCGGCGUUGGGUUCUUCGUCAUUGUUGGGGUCAACGUUGGGUUCGGCGUGGCAUUGGGGUCGACGUUGGGGUCGUCGUCAACGUUGGGGUCAACGUUGGGUUCUUCGUCUACAAAGAAGUCAACGGGGCCAACGUUGGACUCAGCGUUGGGAUCAUCGGCGCCGUUGACGUCAACGUUGGGUUGUUCGUCAACGUUGGGGUCUUUGUCAACGUUGGGUUGUUCGUCAUCGUUGGGGUCAACGUUGGGUUCUUCGUCUUCAAAGAGGUCAGUGGGGUCAACGUUGGACUCGGCGUUGGGUUCUUCGUCGCUGGGGUCAACGUUGGGUUCUUCAUCAUCGUUGGGGUCAACGUUGGGUUCUUCGGCAUCGCUGGGGUCAACGUUGGGUUCGUCGGCAUCGUUGGGGUCAACGUUGGGUUCGUCGGCGUCGUUGGGGCCGGUGUUGGGUUCAGCGCCACCAAUGAAGUCAACGUUGGACUCGGCGUUGGGUUCGUCGGCGCCAUUGGGGUCAACAUUGGGUUCUACAUCCUCAAAGAGGUCAAUGGGGUCAACAUUGGGCGCUUCGCCUUCAACGAGGCCAACAUUGUGUUUUCGUCAUCGUCGGGCCCACCGUUGGAUUCGACGCCAUCAAUGAAGUCAACGUUGGGGUCAACGUUGGGUUCUUCGUCUUCAUUGGGCCCGAUCGUGGGGUCUUCGCCAUCGGUGGGGUCAACGUUGGGUUCUUCAUCUUCAGUGAGGUCAACGGGGCGACGCGUUGGGCCCAAGGUUGGGUUCUUCGUUGUUGACGGGGUCAACGGGGCCAACAUUGGGUUCUUCAUCCUCAACGGGGCCAACGUUGGGUUCUCCAUCGUCAAUGAAGUCAACGGCGCCAACAUCGGCGUCAGUGUUGGGUUCUUUGUCUUCAAUGAGGUCAACGGGGUCAACGUUGGAGUCAACGUUGGUUUCGUCGCCAUCAAUGGGGCCGACGUUGGGUCCGACAUUGGGUUCUUCUUCAAGGUUGGGCCCAAAGUUGGGUCCUCCAUCAACGUUGGGUUCCUCUUCAACGUUGACCGCACCGUUGGGUUCAACGUUGGGUUCUUCGUCAAUGUUGGGUUCCUCUUCAACGUUGACGACACCGUUGGGUUCCUCGUUGGGUUCUUCAUCAACGUUGGGCCCAACAUUGAGUUCAACGCCAUCGUUGGGCCCAACAUUGGGUUCUUCAUCAAUGUUGGGUUCUCCUUCAACAUUGACCACACCAUUGGGUUCAACGUUGGGUUCUUCAUCAACGUUGGGUUCCUCUUCAACGUUGACCACACCAUUGGGUUCAACGUUGGGUUCUUCAUCAAUGUUGGGUUCCUCUUCAACGUUGGGCCCAAAGUUGGGUCCUCCAUCAACGUUGGGUUCCUCUUCAACGUUGACCACACCAUUGGGUUCCUCGUUGGUUUCUCCAUCGCCGUCGGGUUCCUCUCCGCCGGGGGCCGCCGCGGGCGCCGUCUCCAGCGGGCGGCGCCGUUCGUGGCCACGCCCCCCGGGCGCACCCGCGGCGCCGGCGAGGCCACGCCCCCCGGGUCCCCCCGGAAGUGGCCACGCCCCCUCCAGCUUCAGCCACGCCCACUCCACCCAACCCCGCCCCUCAAGACCGCCAACCGAGCUCCGCCCACUCCCCAAGCCACGCCCCCUUCCCCAAGCGCCGCCUCCUGUGCCACGAGGAGGAGGCCACGCCCCCCGCGGCAGGCCACGCCCCCUCAGCGC